AUGCCCGGCCCUAUAUGCAAAAGCAAGGCUGAACCUGAUGAUGUUGAAGCUGCAUUUCAUGGUAGGGUCAUAGAUGGAUGGAGGAUUGAGAACUCCAUUGGCAGCGGCGCUAAUGGAGUAGUUCUUCAAUGUCAAAAGGGAUCGACAAAGGCUGUCAUGAAAGUGGCACUAUCACCGUAUGCAGCUGCAAGUCUUGAAUGGGAAAGUUUAGUGAUGGACAGGCUUAUAGCCAAAGAAAAUCUAGAGGACAGAACACUACAUCUUGUAAGAAAACUCGGAAGCGGUUCUGCAGAAGUGACUAUUGGCGACAAGACGAUGAAUCUGGCAUAUGUGGUCAUGGAAUGUUUACCUGGCAACCCUGUACCGAUAAUUGGAAACCUACAGGGUGAAGAGCAGACUCUCAAGAUCAUAGAAUAUGGGCUCCAGUUGUUGAAAGCAAUUUUCGACAUGCACCAAUGUGGAUUUAUUCAUCGAGAUAUCAAGCCGGAGAAUAUAGGCAUGUACGAUAAUAAAAUAGUUGUUAUGUAUGACAUGGGUAUGGCACGGGCAUAUCUGGAUGAAGAAGGCAUACACAGACCGCCGAGAUCUCAUGCUGGAAUGAGAGGCACAGAAGAAUGGAGCAGUCUCAACGCAGAAAUUGGCAGGGAUCAGGGUAGAGUAGACGAUUUGUGGGGAUAUCUGUACUGCUUGAACGAGUGGGUCAAUUGCAGAAGUCAAAAACCACAAGUAUGGUCGGCAUACGAUCGCGAGCCUAACAUUCGGCAAUGGAUGAAGUCGCCAUUCUUCUCGGCUAGGAUGGUCCUCAACAACUGCCCAUUCUCCUUCUUCAAGAUUGGUUUCUAUCUUCGAUAUCUUGGCCGAGAUGACACACCCGACUACUUUUACAUAGCAUCGCUUUUACAUGAAGCAAGCAGAGCUGUGAAGAGAAGACAAAAGCCUGAGCCAGCUAAUAUCGAGAAGAAUAUUGCGGAAAUUCAUCUGCAGGAGAGAGAGUUUUUCUAAAUGAUUGCCGAAUAUAACAACAUGCUAUUCAAUUACCG